CUGUUCACUCACACAGGUGCUUAACACCGAUACUCCACCAACACCCCGUCAUAAACACAUGAAGGCCAUGAAAGCAGCAUUUCUCAUUGUGUCUCAUUUGCUGCACCAGCUAGUUUGCAUUGAAACGACGAGAUCUACAGAAUGCAUUUCGCACAUGGAUACUUGUGUUUCUCCACACGUCUGCAAAAGUGAACAGGCUGUUCUCAGAAAUGUCUGUCAUUUUAAAGACGGAGACUGCCACAUGACUGACGCAAAGGUCUGUAAGGCCACUCUUCAGAUGAUGUUAAGCCGCUCACCUGCAUUGGGUCAGUGUGUGUGCUCUGGGCUGGAUCCAUGCAGCACUCUACAACAGCUGUACUCUCAGUGCCAGCAUCAUUGGGUGCAUCACUCCAACCGAUCCUGUCUUGAAGAGGUAGUGGCUUGUCUUGGGGAGAAAGCCUGUAACAGCAGGAUGGUACCGUUUGUCCAGGAAUGCAAUGCUUACCAAUGCAACGCCAGUCAGUGCAGAGAGGGACUGAGGCAGUUCUACUCUGCUCUUCCUCACAAUGUGGCUGAGAAACUGGUGUUCUGUGAAUGUGACAGAGAAGACCAGGAAUGCCAGCAGAUGAAGGCCUCUCUACACUCUGGAUCCUGUGUGAAUGACCAGUUGCAGACACCAUGGACCUGCCUGGAGGCUCUGGACAGCUGCUCUGAAGAUAUAUUGUGCAGGCAGAUAUUUAGCAGGUACCUGUCCAAAUGUUUUGGGGAAAAGGAAUCUGCAUUUUAUACGACUAGUGAAUGGCUAAGUCGUCUGGACCCUGACUUCUUUCUUGGGCACGACCUCCAAUGCAGGGUUGCAUUUGUGGAAACAAUGGGAUCAAUAAUUCAUCACCCAUGCACUUGUGAUGGAUUACAUCACCAUGAUCAGUAUAAGUGCAAUGAGUUGAAACAAAUUUUCCAAGACAAGUCCCUCUUCACACUCUCAGGGACCAAAGAAAAUUUUCGACAUGGAGGAGAAUUCUCUGAAUUAAACACUGGGCAACAGCCAACCAGUGACACAAGCACUGGGCAGCAGUGGUUACGUGGUGAAAAUGUCCAACAUGGACAAUUCGAUGAUUCAAGUAAUAGACAGCGACCAACCAAUGAAUCAAGCAUUAAGCAGCAAUGGUUUAGUGAUCAAUUGUUUUACAUACUGAUAUAUAUCUCUGCUUUGAUGGUGGUGGUGUUGUUCAUCGUCAGCCUUGUUUUGCACAGACUGUGGAGAAUACACAAAGCUGCUAGUAAACCGACUUUUGAGGACCAUCAGUCAAAGUCUCUGAUGUUGUCAUCUGUUAUUAUUUGAGUGACGUGGACCGGCAGUGAUAUUUAUGAUCUUUGCGUAUUGUAGUUACAUCUUUCACUGUGAAUUUAAAAUAUUCUGGCUGAUGCUCUGAUAUAUUAUUUAUAUUGGAUGAAAAAAGAAAUCAUAGGCCAUCUUGAUUUUAUCCACAUGGUGCUGACAGCAUAUAUUGGAUUAUUUUUAUUAUUUAUAAUUAUAAAAAAAAUACUUGUCUUCAAAAUUGUUGUCAUUUGGUAUUAUUGCCAUAAC